AUGGCCUGGCAGAGUUCAGGAAGAUCUAACGCGCAGUUGAUUAAUAAUUUGUUCAAGAAUGGCCUUAUUAAACAUGAGAGAGUAAGAGAGGCUAUGCUCGCAGUCGACCGCGGCGACUACUGCCCCGCAAACCCCUACGCAGACUCCCCCCAAGCAAUCGGCUAUGCUGCCACAAUCUCUGCACCGCACAUGCACGUCCAUGCCUGCGAAUACCUCCUCCCAUUCCUGCGUCCAGACUCGCGUGUCCUGGACAUAGGCUCCGGCUCCGGCUAUCUAACCCACGUCUUUGCAAACCUCAUCACUGGCAUCUCCACCACCGACACCGCACCUUCAAAUGGCACAGUCGUUGGCAUCGACCACAUACAAGGGCUGGUCGACAUGGCCACUAUAAAUAUGGCCAAGUCAGAAUCGGGCCUCCAGCUCCUCAACUCUGGUAAAGCGCGCUUUGUCCUUGGCGAUGGGAGAAAAGGUUACCCUGAGGGAGGACCCUAUGAUGCCAUUCACGUUGGUGCGGCAGCCGCAGUGAUGCACCCAGCCUUAAUUGAGCAGCUGCGUGCGCCUGGGAGGAUGUUUAUCCCCGUGGAAUCGGGAGGGGAGAGCGGGAUGAGAUCCUUUGGCCUUGGUGGCUCACAAUAUAUCUGGGUUGUGGACAAGAAGGAGGAUGGGACUGUCGUUAAGGAUAAAAUUUUUGGUGUUAGUUAUGUCCCGUUGACGGAUGCCCCGAAGGCAAGGAGGGAGUGA